AUGUCGAUCGAAGCGGGACCAAGACGGAUGCUUUUCGAUUUUAUGCUCGAGAACGACAAAGUGCACAUUACAGCGACUCAGCUUGUCUACGUUCUUUCUGCUAUAGACUACAACUACGUUUUAGUAAAAGUCGUCGAUAGCAUGGGUCGUGACCAUACGACUGUCGUCGGCGAUGAAAUCAAGGUGCCGACCAGCAUAAGAGAUUACGCUUAUAGCGUAUCAGAUAAGCGGCAUCAGGGCUUGAUCGACCAAUUCCCCCUCGUGAAGCCAGUUUUGAAUACUUUUACACCGGAUCACAGCAGUAAUAGCCACGAGCUAGAAGUGAAAAGUGGAGAGUUUGUUUGGUUACUAGGCGAAUUUGAUGUCAAUUGGACGAUCGUCAGAAAAGUGAUCGCCAUCGAUCCAUCGGGGACACUGGUACUCGAUAAGAAGCAAGGGAUCGUACCGAGCCGUUAUAUUGAUCUUCAUUGGUCAUGCACACAAUUUUCUCCAGUCGACGAGGUCACAAUACCAGAUUUUAACCGUCAUACCUCAUAA